AUCCAUCCCAUUCUUCUUUCCACCCUUCGAUACGAUAGCAACUCACCAUGUCCGAUGACUAUGAUCCAUUUGAAUGUCGCUUGGAGUUCACCUCCCUUUUACAAAAGCUUAACGCAUCACAACAAUCGAUUCAAAAGGUAGCCAACUAUGCUAUGCGAAACAAACGACUUUCCGAAGAUCUGUACAGUUGUGUGUUGGAAUCAUUGGAACAGGCGUCAAUGAACGCACGUCUCAACAUACUUUACGUGCUUGACUCGCUCUGCCAGGCGAGUCUCAAGUCUGGCUUCAAAGGCUAUGUUGAUCUAGUGCGACAAGACCUUGAUAAGGUGAUUGCCUCGGUUGUUCCCAAUGACGCGAGGGGAAUGGUAAAUGCCGCCAGCACAAGAAAGAUAUUAAACACAUGGAAACUGAAAGGUCUUUUUGAUAAGGCAAGCCUUGAAAGCAUUGAAAGCCGUCUGCCAAAGUCAGAAGUCAGGAUACCGGAUCACGCAAAACAGACAUUCUCUAAAAAUGAUAUAUUGAAGCGUAUGGAAGAGGAUCGAGAACGUCAUAAGCGCCUGCGUGAGGAUAUCUGGAUAAGAUCAGCAGAGGAAUCGGAAGAUGCGCAAUUUGAUCAGCUCUGGGAGUCAACUGAGCCACUUGAACUGGAGUUUGAUUACAAAGAGAUGGCUAAGGAAAAUCACCGGCGAUGGCCCAACUAUCCUUGGAAGGCGGUGUUCGACGAUGUUGAACUUGCUGCUGAUGUGCCUUGGUACGACCCUAUGUGGCAGCGACCUACGGUCAAAGGCUUGGACCGAGAACCGCCCAUCGCUCAGUAUAAUCCUAACAGCCUAUACGCUUUGCAUUUGCGGCAGGGUCAAGCACAGGUAAACGCCUCUGUGCCUACUCUUCUGGAAGACACGGAAUCUGUUGAUGAAGAUAUGGAAAUGGCUAUGUCUAGCCCUGAAGCCGAUCCAACAUCCACUAUCAUCGAACAAAGGACAAUGACCUAUGCAACUGUCACAAAGACAAGAGAAUUAGAAUUGGAUACCGAUGAUCAUCCCUCCAAACGCACAAAAUACGAUUCACAACCGGCCAAUGUCAAAUUGGCCAACUGAUAACCAACCAUCGAUAAAUUUGCUUCAAUGAAUGAUUCGAUCCCCAUUUUUCUAUUCCAUUGGAAACGUUUUCUUUUUCCCUCCUCCUUCUUUCAAAUCGCUGUAAAAACCUUUUCAUACAAUUAUAUAUAUACACAUAUGUUGCAAUUUCGUUCAUAUCAGACAUUUCGGAUA